UUAUUAAAAAAACUGGACCGUUUUGGAAAAUGGAACCUUCAAAAUCCCAUGCUAAAGAAGCAAUUGCUGGAAAAAAGAAAAAUAAACAAAGAGUUACAGUUCUUUUAUGUUCAAAUCUUUUAGGAACAAUUAAAAUUAAACCAUUAGUAAUUCAUUAUUAUAAGACACCUCGUCCAUUAUUAAGAAUAAAAAAAGAAGAUUUACCAGUUAAUUAUUAUUGGAAUAAUACAGCAUGGAUGACCACAACAAUUUGA